AUGGAAAAAAAAAAAAAGAAGCACAAAAAACGGGAAAUAAGCGAGUCAGAUAAUAAUAUGAAUAAUUGUGGAAAAGAAAAGGGAAGUAUACAACAUGAUGAGUUAUAUAAUAUCGAACAAUAUUUGUCUGAUAAUUUAGAAUCUAAUAAUAUAAUUGAAAAUCAAAACAUUGAUAACGAUUAUCAAAAGCAUAUUACCAUAAAAAAAAAAAAUUGUAAUGAAAAAAGAGGAAAAAAUUUAAGUAACUCUUUUGAAGAUAAUACACUUGAAUUUUUACCACAAAAUGUGGAUGAUAAUUCAAAUAAUUUUCAGAAAACUGAAAUUAAUAAAAUAGAAGAAAACAAUUUAAAUAGUACUGAAGCAAUAAAAAUGAAUAAAAAAAAAAAAGAUAUUAACAAUCGUUCCGAUUCCAAAGACAAUGAUUGUAAAUGUUAUGAUAAUGAUAAUGCUGAUGUGAAACAUACUGAAAAUGAUUUUGAAAAAAAUGGAAACCAUUCUACAAAUGAAAAUGAUAAAAAUAAGGAUUUAUUAGCUAUAGAGGAAAACAUUAAUGAUCAUUUUGAAAGUAGUGAUGGAUAUGAAAAUGAACAUUCAAAUAAAAGUGAAAAAGGAGAUGAAUAUGAAAAUGAGCAUUCAAAUAAAAGUGAAAAAGGAGAUAAACCUGAAAAUGAACAUUCAAAUAAAAGUACAGAAAUGAAUGAGCAUGGAAAUGAUGGAAAAAAGAGAUCCGUUAAAGAUAAUGUAUAUGAAGAUUUCAUAAGGGAAUAUAAAAACUUGCAAUCCUUGUUUGCAUACAACAAAACUAUAAUAAAAGAGAAUUUCAAUCCAAUGCCAACCAUUUCGGAAGAAAACAAAAAUGGCAGUGAUAUAAAAAUGGACAAAAAAAUGAACAAAACAGAAGAAAGAAAUAAUCAUUCAGAUUUCUCAAAUCAGCUAAAUUACCCAACUAAUAAUAAUCUUAAAGACGAUGAAAAUAAAAGCCGUUUGAGUGAACAAGAUGAUGAAAUAGAAGAAAAAAGUAGCGAUAAUAAUUUUGGAGAGGGAAAAGAACAUGAAGAGUUAAAAAAAGAAAUUAAAAAUAAAGAAUCAGAAAAUCGAGAAAAUAAAAAAAUAAAUAAACAAAAAGAAACAAGUGAUAUUAAUGCACCAGAAAGUGAAGAAAAUAUAAUAUUAGAAAAGGAAAAAGAUUCCGAUAGUAUUUCUAAAAAAAAAGAAAAUCUUUAUAUGCAAAAAAAAAAUACAAACAAAUUACAAAAAGGAAAGGAACAAAAUUCAAGUAGUAAUAUUAGUGUAGCUAGCAUAAUUAACGACAAUUUCGAUAAUUAUAAUAUUUCUAAAAAUAACAGUAUCUCAAAAAUCGAUAAAACUAAAACUUACAAUGAUUUAACAAAAAAAAAAGAUGGUUCAAUUGAUAAUAACGAAUACAAAAAUGAUGCUUCUAAAAAUUAUCGACCAAGUAUAGAAAUUAACAAAAGCAAAAAUGAAUCAGAUAAUAUAAAAAUAAAAAAGGCAGAAAAACAAGAAGGAAACAAAAUGAAUGACCACAAUUUUAAUAUAAACUUUUUAGACGAAAGUAUCAAAGAUAAUUCAAAAACAGAUUUAUUUUUAAACAUUUCAUCCGAUUUCUCUAAACAUGAUAAUAAUGAUAAUGAUAAUAAAUUAAAAGGGGUUAAAAAUAUAGAAGUAAAUUCUCAAAUUAAAAAAACAAGUAAACAUCGAGUUAUCUAUGAUGAUAAUAGUGAAGUUGAUGAAAUGAAUCAGAUAGAUAUUAAUUUGAAUGAUCAUGAAAAUUACAAUAAAAUAAAUAAUAAUAUGAAUGAACAAAAUCGAAAAGGGGAUAUAAAAAAAAAAAAAGUGGAAAAAAAAAAAAAAAAUAGUAAUAAAAAUACCUUCAUUUCAAACCAUUUAAAUGAUGAUAAUAUCAGUCUAUCUUAUUUUACGGAAGAAAAUAAAAAAGAGGAUUAUGAUUCAAUUCAUGAAAUAGAAAAAAGUUCCAAUGAAUAUAUUCAUGUGAAUAAUAAGAAAGAUAUACGAGAUAAUAAGGAAACAAAUAAAUAUAAAAAUAUAGACCCUACAAUAAUGAAAAAAAUCAAAAAUAUAAACAAAGGUACAGGUCUUAAUAUAAAUAACCGAGUAUGUAAAUUAAAUUCACCAAUAAAAGAAAUAAAACAAGUUCGAAAUCAUAAAGAAAUAGCGAAAAAAAAAACAUUAAGCCCAAAUUCAAGCUUUAUUAAAAAAAAAAAACAUAUUAAACAUAGUACUAAAAAAAACAAAAAAGAAGAUGACGCAAAUGAUAGUAAAAUAAAAAAAUGGGAAUCAAAAUUUGUUGAAGAAAAUGAAGAAAUGGAAGAAGAAAAUGAAGAAAUGGAAGAAGAAAAUGAAGAAAUGGAAGAAGAAAAUGAAGAAAUGGAAGAAGAAAAUGAAGAAAUAGAAGAAGAAAAAGAAGAAGAUAAUGAAUUAUAUUGGGAAACUAUAAAUGAAAAAAAAAAAAAAAAAAAAAAAUAUUCAAAAAAAAAAAAAUCACAAAUAAUGAAUGAAAGCUUUAAUAACUCAAUUUCUUCUGUAGACGAUAUUCAAAGUGAACAAGAAGAAGAUGAAAAUGAUAAAGCUAUGCAACUUAGUUUUUUUAAUUUUUUCGAUAAAAAAAAAAAAAAAAAAAAAAAACAUAGUCAAAAAUCAAAUGAUAUAUUAAAAGAAAAUCUAAAAUUGGAAAAUGAUAUAAAUAAUUUUUUCAUCUCUUUUUGGGAUAAUAAAAAUUUGAAAAAAAAUAAUAAAGAAGAUUUAUAUAAUUUUAACAAUGAAAAUAAUACUAAAGAUAUACAUUCAAUUAAUAAAAUUGAGAAAAAAAUGAGCAAGCAAUAUAUUCAUACUCCAAAAGAGGAUAAUUUAAAUGAACAAAUAGAUAUUUUAAGAAAAAAAAAUUCUCAAAAUAAUAUUUUACAAAACCAAGACAAAUAUAUAGACGAAAAAAAAGGAAAACAUAGUGGAAAAGACAAAGAUAAAUUUAGAGAAAAAGAUAAAAUGAAAUAUCGAGAUAAAAUUAGUUAUAUAAAUUAUGAGCAUAAUAGAAGCUAUAUAGAUAAUAAGCAUAAAUAUAAAAAAAACUAUUUAGAAAAUUAUGAUGAAUUAUACAAUUAUUCAAUAGAAGAAUAUAAUAAUAAUUAUAGUAGUAGUGAACAUGAAAAAAGAGAAAACGAAUUAAAAAAAAUAUAUAAUAAAAAUGAAAGAAAAUAUUUAGAUGGAAUUAUUUUAAAUAAAAAUUAUGAUGAAUCAAUUAACAAUGUUUUAAAAAAAAAAGAUCAUAAAAAUGAAGAAAAAGAAAAUAAUUAUUUUUUUCAAAAAAAUAAUGAUAAUUCGACUGUACAUAAUAAUAGUGGUUAUGCUACAAAAAGUCUUGGAUUUUUUUCGAGUAAUUUUUUUCAUUUAAAAAGAUUAUUAGAAAAAAAAAAUGUUGAAACCAAUGAUCCAUUAAAAAGAGAAAACGAAUUAGAUAAAUUUUAUGAAAAAAAUGAAAAAAAAAAAUCAAGUUCAUUUGAUAUUUUUCAAAAAUUUAUAAAUAAUAAGGGACAUGACAUGAAAUGUGGAAAAAUCUCUAAUUUUUAUAAAAGGGAAAGUCAUGAUUAUUCAGAUAUUUAUUACACUUCAAGAGGAAAAGAAAGCUUUAAAGAAUGCAUAGAUCCUAAUGAUACAGAACAAAUAAGUGAUGCCUAUAGUGAAUAUAUAGAACAUUUUGAUAUUGAUAAAUAUGGAAAUUUUCGAAAAUAUAAAAGAAAUAAAGAUGAUAAAAACCGAAAAUAUUAUAAAGAUAGACAUGAAUAUCACGAAAAUGAAAAGCAUGAAAAAAAUAGUAAACAUAAAAAACCUGCUGAAUAUAAAUGUAAAAAAAUAAAUAAAGAAUUAUUAAAUGAUCGAAUCCAUAAUAUUGAAUAUGAUGAUAAAUCUUUAAAUUUUCAAAAAAAAUAUAUUUCAAAUUUAACUAGAACAGAUUCAAAUGAAACUAUGGUAAAUGAAUUUUCUAUGGAUAAAUUAAAUCACCAGUCUAAUAAUGAAGAUAAAAAUGAAAAUAAUAAUGACUUUAAUAAAUACGAAAAUAAUAAUGGAUUUAAUAAAUAUGAAAAUAAUAAUGAAUUUAAUAAAUACGAAAAUAAUAAUGGAUUUAAUAAAUAUGAAAAUAAUAAUGAAUUUAAUAAAUACGAAAAUAAUAAUGACUUAAAAAAAUAUGAUGAAUUUUAUGAGAAUAGUGAAAGCUUUUUAUAUUCUGUAGAUAAUUUUAAAAUUGUUAAAAAUAUAUUAUUAUCUUUAGAAUUAACAAAUGAUGAUAAAAUCAGUAAAAUUCGAAAAAUAUUAUUUUAUUCCCCUAGUGAAGAAAAAAAAAAAAUCAUGGAUGAAAUUUUGAAUACACUUUAUAUGUAUCCACAAUUAUAUGUAUCGUGUAUUAUUUGUUUAUUCUAUUUAUUUAUAUUAGACAAUGAUUUAUUUGAACGAAAUUUUUCUUCUGAAAACCUUAUAUAUUUGUUUAACCCUAAAAUCGAUUUUCGCUAUGCUGAAUGGUUUCUAAAAACAUAUCUCUUUUACAAAUUUAAAUUUUCAAAUUCGUCAAACUCAGAUGAUGGUUAUAAUAGUUAUAUUUGUGAAAAUGAUUCAAUUGGUAAAGAAAAGGUGGCAAAAAUUGAAAAGGGCAGAAUCGAAAAAGGGGGCGAUAUCAAUAGCUUGGUUAGUGAAAAGGAUGAUAUAGAAGGAAAUAAAAAAAUCCAAAAAAUAAAAAAUACCAUAUAUGAUAAUUUUUUUGAAUCAUAUAAUUCUAGUGGAGAUUCAAUGGAUAAUUAUUUAUAUUAUCAAAAUGACAAAAUAGAAGAACAAAAUAAAAUUAAUGAAUCAAAUAAAAAAUUGGAAAGAAAAAUCGACAAAACUUGGAAUAAAAUUGAAACAAAUGAAUAUGUAGGAUAUAACGAAUGUAAAAUGUUGUUAAAAAUAUGUUUAUCUAAUGAGCAGGUUCAAAAUAUAAAACUAUUAUCUGAAAGUAAAAUAAGAAGCUUAGUUAUUUCUAUAUGGUUAAAUAUUCGUUGUUCUAGACCCCAAAAAUAUUUUUUAAAAUUAAUAUAUAAUUGGAUAAAUAAUAAAAACGACGAUUUUAACAAAAAAAAAAAUUUAUUUAACUUACUGAAAGCAGAAAAAAAAUAUAAUAAAAAUAUAACAAAAGCUUGUUUUAAUUAUUUUUUAAAAUUUUUAAUAAAAUAUAAAGAAAAUUGUUCAAAUGAUAUCAUAUAUACUUUAUAUUUAAUAGACGAAAAUGAAUUAAAAUUAUAUUCUAAAAAAUUUAUUGAAAAAAAUCAAAUUAAUAUUAAUCAAUUUAUAUCUAUUUGGAAUAUAAUGUGUAUAUUAUUUUGGGAUACAAAAAAAAUACAUAAUUUUACUUUUUUCAAAAAAAAUAACAAUAAUUAUUAUUAUGAUUUUAUGCUUAUCUUUUUAAAAAAUUUCUAUGAAUAUAUAUUUCCAGCUAAUUCUCAAAUCGUUCAAAAUAUUUAUCUCAAAAAAACGAUUAAUAUUAAUUCUAUUUCUACUAUAAAUUUAACAAAUCAAACUCAUAAUCAAUUUUCUUCUAAAUUAUCUUCAUCUUAUCCUGAGUCUAAAAAUAAAGAAAAUUAUAAUGAUGAAUCAGAUUAUUUCAAUCUGUUUGAUGUUGAAAAUAUUAUAAAAGAUUUCAAUUUUAACGAUAUUUCCAAUAUUGAGGUUAAUACAAAAAAUUUCACAUCUCAAUUUCGUGAUAAUAAUCAGGAUUUUAUAGGAACUAACCAUUCCGAGACAAUGGAAUCAGAAACCCGAGAAGUUGAGCAGUCUGUACACGCCAAGGAAAAUACAGAAAACACAAAUGGAAUAAAAAAUAUGCUCAAAUUCAUAAUCCAAAAAAUAAAAAAGGAAAAAAAUAUAAUAUCUUGUGUAGAUAUUAAUGAAAUAAAAAUGUUAAUAUUUUUAGGUAUAUGCAUAAAAAUUGUUAUUUGCAGAAUAUCAAAUUUAUUAAAUUCCAAAACUUGUUUAGAGCAAUUUUAUUAUUUCAUAAAUCAUAAAAUAUUAGGUUUAAGAAUUUUUAAACAUUCUCAUAUAAUUUUAAUAUAUUUUAUUCCAUUUUUUAAAAAGUAUUAUUUUUUAUGGAAAUUUAUUGAACAUGAAAUUGACCCAGAAAUAAUAAAACUAAUAAAUGCGAUUAUAAAUAAUUUAGAAAGUUUACAAAUUAAUAAAAAUAUAAAUAAUAUUGAAAAUAGCCCAAAAUUCCAUCCAUAUAUCCGUAGUAAUACAUCAUUACCUAAAGUUGAUCAUUUAUUUUUUCCUUCAAAAGAUAAUAAAUUAAAUAAUAUUUUUAGUAAUUUCAAUAUGCAAUCUAAGCCACAUAAUUAUAAAACAAGUUUUUCUCAUAGCACAUCAAUUGAAAGUAACAAUAAUAAUAACAAUUUUAAACAAAAUAAUAUAUCAUUGAGUUUUGAUAUGCUAAUAUCUGACUCCUUUAAUGUAAAAAAUAAUAAAAAAAAUUCAGAAAAAUUUGGAGAUACGCAUAGUAAUGAAAAUCAGCGUUAUUUUCAUGAUUAUUCUGAAUUGGGUUGUUCAAAUAAAAGUUUUCAUGCAAAUCUAACUAAUAAUAUUAACUAUUUGCAACCAAACUCGAUAUUUAAAUUAAAUGAAAAAUGUGACCAGGUAAUCACAUAUGAUGAUAUGUUUAGAGAUGAUGAUGAUGAUUAUGAUUAUGAUCAUGACUAUGAAAACAAUUAUUUUGAUAAAAAUAAAAGUAAAAUCCACAAUGUUAAGGAAUAUAUUACAAACUUACAUUUUAACAAUUUGCCAAAUUAUUUAACUUCUUUAAAAAAUGAGAAUGACAAUAAAAAAAUUGAAGAUAAAAAAAAAAAAAAAAAAAAAUUAAAAGAUCACGAUCAAAGCCAAAAUAAAAAUAAAAAUUCUAAAGAACAGGAAAAUGGAAAAGAAGAAAAUCGUAAUAGUAAAACUCAACUAAAAGAAUAUAACAACAUUUCAAAAUUAAUUGGAAAAAAUGAAAAUAUCCCAUUUUAUAAUAUUCCAGAUAAUGAAAAUUCAGAAAAUAAAAUAUCAAAAAUUGGAAAUUCUGAUCGAAAAUAUCUAUUUGACAAUCAUUUUGAUGAAUAUAAAAAUGGAAAUAAAAAAUGUCUAAAAAAUAAUUAUAAUCAUAAAGAAGGAUCAGCAAAUUUUGAAGAAUAUAAAUAUAAAGAAAACAGUAAAUCAAAUAUCCAUCAAAAUAAUGGAAUUAACAAAUUCCCUACCAUUUCAUAUGAAAAUGUUGACAAUUUAAAUCAUAUUAUAGAUAAAAAAACACAAAAAGAAUAUUUAAAUUUAGAAAUGAAUCGAAAAAAAAAAGAAAGUUUUUCAUCAUCAAAAAGGUUAACUAAUAUUGAAAGUGUUAAAGAUUUAAAUAGUGGUGAAAAUAAUAAUGAAAUAAUAAAUGAUCGUAAAAGUAUUCAAACAAAUGUCCAUAUUACUAACUAUAUCAGAAAUCAUAAUAACAUAAAAUCAAACGAAUAUGAACAAUUUUUAAGAGAAAAAAAUAAAAAUAAAAAAUUAGAAAUAUCCCAAAGAAAUGGGAUAUCCAUAGUAAAUUCUACAACAAAUAACAACUACGAAGAAAUAAAUAUAAUUAACAGUCAUAUCGAAAAAAAAAAACAAGAUAGUUCGGAUAAAUUAAUACAAAAACGACCCAAAUAUUUAAUGCUACCAAUUGAUAUGAUCGAAUUAAAAAAAAUGCAAAAAGGAAAACUAAGACAUCCCCCUGUUGGUUUAAUAAAUUUAGGAAAUACAUGUUAUUUGAAUAGUUUAUUACAAGCAUUAUAUAGUACUGUUUCAUUUGUUGUUAAUUUAUAUAUUUUUAAUAUUGAUGAUAAUGAAAAAAUAAUGAACUUAAAUCACCAAAGUUCCUCUAACAUAAUAUCUAUCAAAAAUAAAUUAUUAUUUAAUUCAAAUAAUUUAAAUAAUCCAAAUAAUCCAAAUAUAAAUGAUAGCUACACAAACCUUCUUUCAAAACGAUUUUUAUAUGAGUUGAAAAUAUUGUUUAAAUUAAUGUCCACAACGAAUAAAAAAUAUGUAUCCCCAUAUAGCAUUUUAAGCAUACUUCCUCAAGAACUUAACAAUAGAAAUCAACAAGAUGUCACAGAAUUAUUUAGAUAUACAUUUGAACAGUUGGGUGGGUCGGAAAAAAGAUUUCUAAGAUUAAUAUUUUCUGGAGUUGUUAUACAAAAAGUUCAAUGUCAAAAAUGUUUUUUUAUUUCAAAAAAGGAAGAAAUUAUUCACGAUUUAUCAUUUCAUGUUCCCGCUAAAUCAACCAAAAAAGAAUCUAUUCAAAAAUUUUUUGAUACAUAUAUUCAAAAGGAAAAAAUUUAUGGAAAUAAUAAAUACAAAUGCUCGAAAUGCAAUAAAAGACGAAAUGCUCUUAAAUGGAAUGAAAUUAUAUCACCUCCUUGUCAUCUCAUAUUAAUUCUUAACAGAUACAACUGGUCAUUUACCUCAAAUGAGAAAAAAAAAAUAAAAACACAUGUUAAAAUUAACAAAAAAAUAGUUGUGAACAAUUUCGAUUAUAAAUUAUAUGGAGGAAUAAUUCACAGUGGUGUAUCAGCAUCAUCAGGUCAUUAUUAUUUUAUUGGAAAGAAAUCAGAAAAAUGUGAUAACUCUAAAAAUGAAUGGUAUCAAAUGGACGAUUCGGUUAUUACUAAAGUUAGUUCCAAAUCAAUAAACCGAAUUUCUAAAGAUUUAUCAAAUGAUCAUACUCCUUAUGUUUUGUUUUAUCGUUGUAAACAAGCUCCCGUUUCCCCAAGUUUAUAUUUCUAA